ACGCGCUGGAAGGGGGGGGGGAGUCCCUGCCUGUGGGGGCGAGCGCCCCCUGGCGACUCGGAGACAACAGGCAAGAAGACGUCUCCUGCUGGUUGACGGGAGCGUCUCCGUCGCCCGGGAAGGGGGAUUUCCGCUUCCGGGGACUGGAAGGAGCAGGAUGUUGGGGGACUUGCUGAUCUGCGGGACCCUGUUGGUCAACGCAGGAGCAGUGUUGAACUUCAGGCUGAAGAAGAAGGAGAGCCAGGGUUUUGAUGAACAGCUGACGGAACCAACAACAGGUGAUAAUAUUAGAGAGUUUUUGCUGAGUCUGAGGUACUUCCGGAUCUUCAUUGCCUUGUGGAAUAUUUUCAUGAUGUUCUGCAUGAUUGUGUUAUUUGGAUCUUAAACACAUCUGGUGGACUGAGGUGACAAUUGUCAAUGUUAUUAUUGGGAUCCUCGGAGAUGCCUUUCUGAUGAAAACACGACCUAUGUUGACUUCAUGAAGUAAAAAGUUACGAAGUUUGUAGCACCUGAAAUGUACUUGUAGUACUAGAAAUGAAUGCACCUUCCUCUUCCUCUGUCACAGACAGCCCAACAACCAGGAACUGCAGCGUGAUGUAACUUUGUCUUUUAUUUAUUUUAGCCAAUUGUGUACCUCCUUUCCACCCAAUCAGGGUUUCCAUGCAGCAAACAUUAAAGAUUGAGCAGGGCAAUGUGAACAGUUUGCCUAGUAAACAUCACCCCACGUGUCAGUGGCAGUCUGGUGCUGGCACAGAGAACUGCUUUCACCUUUACCUUCUUAGAUGGAACAAGACUGAAGUGAUAUGGCCUGUGUUUCUCAGCUGUCUCCUCAUUUAGGAUACUCAGGGGUGUUGGGUGGUGCAGUUUCAGGGCUGGCCCGGGGCACCAUUUUUGGUAGAUGGCCUCCCCCCCACCCAAGAAAUUGCCACGAAUGUUGAAUUUAUCUGGGUAGCAGCCAGAACGCUCCUUCCUUUGCUCCCCCACCCCCCUUUCACAUUGCUAGAAAUGCUCAAUAAAUUGGUUUGCUUUUA